GUUCACCAUGAAAGGCUUAUCGUGAUGAAAAAGACGAAUCUAGUAUUUAAGGAUUGACAUCAGAGGGGGUUGACAUAUUUUAAUGGCUAAGUUGUUCAUGGUCGCAAUCUUUCACGUGCUGCUACGUGUAUCCAUGACAACGACAACUUCACCCGAAGGACACGAUAUGGAAUCAAAAGAUUCGUUGCUUUGUGAGCCAUGUCAAGAAGUAGUGUUGGUAAGAAACCUAUCGGUCUACACUUACCUCGAAUAACAGUACCGAGAGAUAGUAUACAAGUCCGGAGGGGUGAGAGUGGGCUCAGCAGCGAUGCCACUAGCAUGAUCAGUAGCACAAGUGGACACGGAGAUGGGAUCACAACUUAUAACAUCCUUGCUACAGUCGCUGAAAGGUUACCGAUGGUAGAUUCUAGCGAGGAUAACGAAAGCACGUCCAACUGCAUGAUACCGGGUCCUACGACGCUAAAAAUGGUGGCACCAGCCUCUCAGAUGCUGUCCUUAAAUAUGAAAAAUGCUAUAAACAGCCUCGACCCCAGUAAUGAUAUCAAUAUUGCUCAAGUCAUCUCUGAGAUCAAAACAGAGAGAAGCUUCAUAGCUGGCCCAAAGAAUUCGCUCUUUCAACAAGUUCUGAAGGCGAAGACAGAAGAGAACAAGCGUAUAACGAAGAGCAUUAAGACAUCUAGUGAACAAGCGAAAACAAGGUGGAAAAUGACCAGAAAUGCGGUUUCUCAUCCUCCCAACAAUGAGACUCUGUUUAAGCCCGGUAAAAAAGAAUCUGGCGCCUCCCAGUCAAAUUCAAACGAGCUGAGUGAUCUAGCUAUCGACGUCAGAAGUGAUGUUGAAAAACUUCAUCUUCAUGAUCAGAAAGAACGGACUCCAAACUCACGUGGCCUAAAAACGUUAGCAAAGAUGUUUAAUACGGAUAGAGGCUCCGUUUCUGACACACCCACGAUAUUUGCUUUGCUUAGAGCAUCGCACAUUGUUAGUGUUGCUGUUGUAACCCACCAACAGCGAGAGAGCCAAGAAGAUGAAUUAACAGCAUAUGAACAUACUCUAAAUAGUUACUUGUCUUUCAUUCCUGACCUCAGUAUCGUGAACACGAUCAGAGCCCAGACUAAAUCGCUGGAAGAAUUUCAAGGCGUUGCAAUGUUUGCUGAUGUUUCAGGGUUCACAGUAUUGUGUGCCACAUACGGCGUGGUCAACAUAAGCAAGCUCAAAGAAAUCCUCAAUUUAGUCAUGGGAAAUAUCGUCGAUGAAAUUUUGAUGAGUGGCGGUGAUAUCGUAUCAUUUGCUGGUGACGCUAUCUUUGCCGUUUGGAGAACACAUUCGCUCGAGGAGAGGUCCGCAAUACUGCCCAAAGUCCUCAAGUGCUCGGUUCACAUCCAGGACGCUGUCAAUUUAGCAGUCGAUAAGUCCAUAACUCUGAGAGUGAAAGUUGGGCUAGCCGUUGGUAAAAUGUUCUCAUUUCAUCUGCAAUCCAGCAGCCGAGAUCAUUUAGCUGUAGUUGGUCCUGCGGUCAAGGACGUCAAUAAGGCUGAGGGUUCUUGUGUCGCUGGAAACAUUAUUUGUUCUCAGCAGUUCUUUGACGAGUUCCCCCAGAAAGAAAGAUACCCUUUUCAACUAUCUAAACCCGGAUUUGUUCAGCUUUGGCCCCCGAAAAAUAACGCCAAAACACAGGUUAUCACAUUGCUUGAAAAUCUUGGUAAUGGUAAUCAUGUUACUCUAGACCGCGUUAAAGUGGUUAGGAAAAUUGCAGAUGACUUAGUCAAACAGGAUAUGUUGAAGCGUUACAUUCCUGAUUAUCUUCGAUUCCAGCUACAAGAAGGCCAGGGUACAAGUUGGGCCUCGCAAGUUCGAAAUAUUACAACACUUUUCAUUUCCCUCGUCUUCGCUGACUCUGAAAAGGUGUCUAGUGAUCAUGAAAAUGUUCAGGAUGCACUGGUCUGUAUCGACGAGAUUGUCGAUAAAAUGAACGGCACAGUUAAUAAAAUAUUCACAUUUGAUAAAGGCUGCACAAUUCUUGUUGCUUUUGGAACCCAAGGUUACAAAAUGAAUGAUGAUCCUCGUCGAGCUCUUAAAACUGCACAGAUGAUCUUACCAUCACUCCAGAAUAAAGUGACAGACUUUCAAGGUGUUUCGAUAGGUGUAACUACGGGACUUUGUUUUUGUGGCAUGGUAGGGCAUGAAGAGCGCCACGAAUACACCAUCAUUGGUCACCAGGUAAAUCUCGCAUGUCGACUUAUGAGCAACUACCCUUUCUGUGUGGCAUGUGAUGAAAGUACCAAGAAACUAUCCACCCUUCCUGACUCUGCUUUCACUGCCCUCCCUCCGAAAGUCUUGAAGGGUGUGCCUCCUGGUGGUCUAUAUUUCAAAUACAAUGACCUUAAUGUUUCAGAAGAAAUCCUUUGCAAAGGUAGAAGAGCAUUAGAUAUUGAUAAUAGGCAAGUAAGAAUUGUUGGUCGGGCACGUGAAUUGGACGCUUUGUACUCGUGCAUUGUCGAAGCCGAGAAUUGUGAAGCUGGGAAGGCUCAGAACACCAUCAUAAUAGAGGCCCAAGCUGGAUUUGGGAAAUCCAGGCUUCUGGAGCAAUAUAUGGUUGUUGGUCAGCGGAAAAACUUCAAAGUCAUUAUGGUACCAUUAGUUAUGGAUGAAAUGACAACCCCCUUUUUCGCGGUCAAGAUGGUGAUGUUUAAGCUAUUGGAGUUGGGCAAGCCGAAUAAUUUCAGGAACAAAGAAGGCGUGAUCGCUAGAUAUGUCCCAGAAUAUCUUCGUUGUGAUAUGUGCGUGUUGAAUGAAAUUCUUGGGACCAAAUUCAAGAGAGAUUCCGCUCGGGAUUUCAGUUACAAAAACCUGCACAAACUCCUCAAAAUUUUAUUGAAAGAAAUUAUUGGAGAUGAGUCCUAUUUGUUCAUCAUAGAUAACGCCAUGUACAUGGAUGAGCAAUCCUGGGAGUUCCUCUCUCAUUUGAUUACCUUAAGAAAAAAAAUCAUCCUAACAUUGUCUAUGAAACGGACCAGCCACAAGCGAUCAAGAGCCGAAUUUCAGCUCAUUAAUAAUUCUCGAGCCAAGAAAUUUGUUUUGGAAGCCUUUAGCCUAGAUGAAGUGGAAGAAUUCUGCAAAGCUCUUUUAAAUGUAAGGGAUAUCCCAACACAACUUGUUCGCAUGUUGAAAGAGAAAACCAGAGGGAUCCCCCAGUAUUGCGAGGGGUUGUUGAAGAAGAUGCUUAAGGAGCAGGUUGUAAGGGUGGUGAAUGAUAUGGAGGCUUAUAAAGCUAUUGGGAAUGCCCCUAGGCAUAGCAGAUCACCUAGGGUAUCUAAGACUAAACGAUUCAGCAUCUUCAGUAGUACUAAUACUGUCAAACCAAUCGCUGACACAUCGCACAUAAGGAAGAAGAUUGUUGAGGAUGAGUCAAAUUCAAGUCUACAUGAAGUGGCAGAGCCUAGUGCUUGUUGUGGAGGGUGUCUCCCUGGCGCUGGGCCGAAGGAGCAGGUCAACAAUUUGAAUCCGACGGCCACGGAGUGGUUUGAUGAUCUGGUUCAAACAGUCGAUUCUACGAAAAUAUGUAUACUUAACGAAUCUGUCAAUUUAGCAACAGUGGCGUUACCGGAAAGCUUAAAGGAGUUGUUUUUAGCUCAAUUUGACAGGUUGGCAGUAACAGAGCAAGUAACGAUGAAAUGCUGCGCUGUUCUGGGAACCCGCUUCAGCCUCUCCCUCCUAAAGUCCGUCCUACCACACCGGACCUCCACACAGAUUAACCACAGUGUCCGGAAAAUGGUACGCGAACAGAUGCUGGAGUGUGGUGGCGAUUUUGGCAUCGGUAACGAGUGUAAUAAUAAGUUCUGUCCUAAAGGGGGACGAGUCGUCUUGAGUGGCGACUUGGAAAAUGUCCCAAUAUGUGAGAUGAUACGUUUUAGUACCCAGUUUUCUGCGGAGAUCCUCAGAGAUCUUCUCCUUCCCGAACAAAGGAUCAGGAUCCACGAGACCGCUGCUCGAGUUCUUGAGAAGAAGAUCAUGCGUUAUGAUUUCUGUUGUAAAAAGGAGUUCUUUGGGAACGUUUUCAAGAUAACCGCUAUGGGUGAUACCAGGGUACCGGACUGGGCAUUGAGAGCGCGUGAGCGACGUGUUUCCAACACCGGAACAGAUAUAGUAGAACUUGAGCAGCGCUUCAACGAGAGCAUGCACAGCAGUCAAGAUAGUUUCCAACUUCCAGUGGCAAUGCCACGUGAGCGGCGCUUUUCUGGGGACAGCACAAAAUCAAAUACGAAAGUGUGUCAGUGCCAUACCAUGUUCACAACCAUCUACCCUCAGAUUAUCAGGCAUUUUAAAGCCGCCGGGACUAAUCAUAGUUUAUUUGAAGCGCUCUGCUCGGCGGGAGCUCUAGGAAUGGCGCUGAGUUUUACAUUUGAAGCUGUCACCUACCUUGAAGAAGCAUUACUCCUCUUCAAGACCAGAACCAAGCUAAAUGAUAUGCACAGGGCGUGUUUGUCGAGUUUAUUGUGUCUGGCAAUGUACUUGUGUCCCAAUCCUACCACACAAAGACUGUACAAAGAGGCAUUACAUCUGGGAGGACAUGCUCAGGUGAUUUACAAGUACAACGUGUCCUGUCUCUCCUACAUGUGCGGAAGAGGACAGAAUGAUGAGUCCACUGUAGACUUUUAAUGCGACUUAGUUAAUGUUUUCUUUGACGAUUCAACUU